AUGGCUCCUCAAAAUGUCGGCAUCAAAGCUAUUGAGCUUUACUUUCCUAGCAGAUAUGUGGCUCAGUCUGAUCUGGAAAAUUUUCUCGGUGCCAGCACUGGCAAGUAUACGAUCGGACUAGGCCAGACAAACAUGAGCUUCUGUGAUGAUCGCGAGGAUAUAUACUCCCUCGCCCUGACAACAGUCUCCUCCCUCCUCCGCAAAUACAACAUCCCCCCAUCCUCAAUCGGCCACCUAGAAGUCGGCACAGAGUCCAUGCUCGACAAAGCCAAGUCUUGCAAAUCAGUCCUCAUGCAGCUCUUCGGCUCCAACACCGACAUCGAAGGAGCCGAUACCUACAACGCCUGUUACGGCGGUACAAGCGCGCUUCUCAACGCAGUGAACUGGAUCGAGUCUUCUGCCUGGGAUGGACGGAACGCUAUCGUCGUCGCCUCGGAUAUUGCACUGUACAAGACGGUCUCCGCAAGACCUACCGGUGGCGCCGGUUGUGUGGCUAUGCUUAUUGGACCCGAUGCACCGCUGGUCUUGGAGCCGCUGCGUGCAUCGUACAUGCAGCAUACAUAUGACUUUUACAAGCCGGAUUUUAAAUCCGAGUAUCCGAUUGUGGAUGGGCAUUAUUCUUCGAGAUGUUAUUUGCAGGCGUUGGAUGGGUGUUAUCGGCGGUAUCGAGAGAAACAGGUUGCUCGCAAGGCGAAUGGGAUGAUGAAUGGAGUCGCAAACGGGCAUUCCGAGAAGGCGGGCCCAUCCAGCGUUCCUCUGGAUGAGUUUGACUAUUUCGUCUUUCACGCGCCCAACUGCAAGCUUGUUUCCAAGUCAUACGCACGUCUGCUAUACAAUGACUAUAUCGCGAAUCCGCAUAACAAAUCUUUCAAUCCCGAUGUCGUGCCAUCGCUCAUCCUUGAACAGUCCUACGAGGACUCUCUGAGCGAUAAAGCACUCGAGAAACUCUUCAUAAAACUCUCGAAAGAAAGGUUCUCAAAACGCGUCCAGCAAAGCCUCACAGCCCCGACUAUGUGUGGAAACAUGUACACUGCUGGCGUGUACUCGGGCCUCAUCAGUCUGCUCAGCAACGUUCCGAGUUCGCAACUACUCGGCCGGCGUGUCGGAGUCUAUAGCUUUGGCAGUGGUCUGGCCAGUACGCUCUUCAGUCUACGUGUUGUAGAUGAUGUGAGCGAUAUCGUAUCCAAGGUUGAUCUUCAUGCUCGUCUCGCGGCCCGCGAGCGAGUUUCGCCCAAGUUCUACGAUGAGAUGUGCGAAUUGCGUGAGAAGGCAUAUCAACAGAAGAGCUAUACACCCGUCGGCAGCGUAGACGCACUGGCACCAGGGACGUACUAUCUCGUGGAGGUCGACGAGAUGUUCCGUCGAACCUACGCCGUGAAGGAGGACUCGGGUAAGUCUAGCUAG